CUAUGAUCUGUGUUCCGCGCUGUAGUGACCUACUCGUCUUUAUCAAUGGCAGUGACAUUCGCUGUCAACCGGCUCAACUAGUUAAAAUCCCAACCGUUUAGGGCUCCAAAGGGCCCUUUUUCAGUGGAAAACAUGUCGAGCCUCGUUAACAUGCUGGUGGACAUGGGCUUUGAGAAGGAACGCGUGGAGACGGCGGUGGCAAAGACCGGCAGCGCGGACGUGCAGGUGGUGAUGGACUGGAUGCUGGCCAACGAGGAGGAGCCGGCGGCGGUCGAGCCGAACCCGAUGGCGCAGCCCGAACCGGAGGCGGCGCCCGCCGCCCUCGCCAAGUCCAUCAAGUGCGACGAYUGCGGCAAACUGUUCAACAGCAGUGAGGAGGUGGAGUUCCACGCCUCCAAGUCCGGGCAUGGCAACUUCUCGGAGUCCACCGAGGAGAAGAAGCCGCUGAGCGAGGAGGAGAAGAAGGAGCAACUGGCCAAGAUCGAGGCGAAGCUGCGCCAGCGGCGCCUGGAGCGCGAGGCCCGCGAAAAGGAGGAGGCGCUGGAGCGCGAGCGGGCGCGCAUCAAGUCCGGCAAGGACAUGCUGGAAGCCAAAAAGCGGCACGAUGAGCUGGAGAUGAAGAAAAUCAUCGAGCAGCGACGGCGCGAAAAGGAGGACGAGCUGAAAGCCAAGCAGCGGGUGCGCGAACAGAUCCAGGCCGAUAAACUGGCGCGCAAGGCCAAACAGGCCGGCCAGCCGCAGGAGGCGGCGCCCACGCCCCCAGUGCUAGCGGACAAACGCCCGCCGCAGGACUACAGCGAGGUGAAGCUGCAGAUAAGACUGAUCGACGGCAAAACGCUGAGCCAGAGCUUCGGGGCCAAGGAGCCCCUUUCCGCGGUGCGCCUGUACAUCGAAAUGAACCGCACGGACGGCGACGGCCCCUUCAAGCUGAUGACCAGUUUUCCGCGCAAGGUUUUCAGCACCGACGACUACGACAAGCCCCUGGACACUCUCGGUUUGGCCCCGACGGCCACCCUCAUCGUGUCAAAGUCAUAAGUCUGUGCAGAGCGUCUGGUGGUUAUUUACUCAAUAUACUUAUCUCUAAUUGGAAA